AUGUCUUCCAUUAUCAUGCUAACUUUAGCUGAUAUUUUCCUCCAAGGCUUGCCAUAUGUGGAACCACAACCACUCCUAUACACAGAUGGUUUGCAUUGGGAGUAUCAACCUGGACCAGACUUGCACCAUAUAUUGCACUGUGAACUUGAGCGACACUAUGAGAAACAUUGUCUUGGUUCCCGGGACAAAGGUGACUUGCCAAUUUAUCUCUUCCUUUCCAGAGCUGGCACAGGAAAAUCUCGACAUGCUACAGAAUUCCACCAAACAGUAAUCAAGUGUCUUGGAAUCAACAAUGAAAAGUUGAAGAACAAGCUGCAGAACGCCUGGGUGUUUCAUGUUAGUUUGGAAAACGGUACUGUCUUAGGAGCAAAAGAACAGCAAUAUCCCUUUGAGGCUAUUGGCAGUCGGAUGCUUCUGCAGCUUCUUCCUGAAAAGUCUUUGAAACACAUUACAGAGAGCUAUGAAGCACCAGAUAAGCUGGAUCAUGCUGUUCACUGUGCAGAUUUAAGGUCCAUCUCUAAGGAACCCAUUACAGGCCAGUAUGGUGUCAUUGAUGUUCAAAAACACAAACAUAUUAUUCUUAAUGCAAAAGAUUUAGGUUCUGGUGAUGUCUUCUGUAGUUUGGACACACAAAGUCCUUCAAAUGAGAUUCAACAAUUCAAACUUUAUCUUCAACAAUCAAGGGUUACUCAAAUGCUAUUUGAUAAAGAAAAGAUACAUGGACGAAACUGGGCUGACUACUUUGGAAUUUUUGCUGGCAGCAUUUUUAUCACAAAUAAUAUGUCUAUGAACAUUAAUACUGCCAGUAAUAUAUGUCUGCAGCUGUUUGUCAGAAAAAUUAAAGAUGCUGAUAAUAUACUUCUUGAAAGGAACAAAAGGCCAUUCGAAAAUGUUGAGGAUGCAAUGAAAAGAACAAAUAUACCAGAAAGAAUUCUGAAAAAGUUCAGAUACUGA